AAUCGUUUCAAAAAAAAAAAAAGUAAAUCUCAAAAACGAACAAUCAAAAGAGAAUCACAUCAAACGAAACAAGAAUAAGCACGAAGGCAGAAAAACACACUAGUCUCCUCUUAUCCCUGCCGUGUCUCUUCUCUCAGUUCUGAAUUGGGCAUAAUUCGAACCAAUCAAUGCCGAUGGAUCAAUCCGAACUCACCACUGAGCAGGUUCUCAAAAGAGACAUUCCAUGGGAAACAUACAUGACGACUAAGUUGAUCUCGGGGACAGCUCUUCAACUCUUAAGGCGCUAUGAUAAAAGAUCAGAGAGCCAAAGAGCAUCUUUAUUGGAUGAUGAUGGUUCAUCCUAUGUUCGUGUAUUUGUUAAAAUUCUACGUGAUAUAUUCAAAGAAGAGACUGUGGAAUAUGUCCUUUCCUUAAUUGAUGAAAUGCUCACUGCAAACCCAAAAAGGGCAAGAUUGUUUCAUGACAAUUCACUUGCAAAUGAGGAUAUCUAUGAACCUUUUGUAAGAUUGCUCUGGAAAGGUAAUUGGUUCAUACAAGAAAAGAGUUGCAAGAUACUUGCACGAAUUGUAAGUGCUAGACCCAAAAACCUGUAUGGUGGAGGUGUGAAUGGUGAGGCGUCUGAUUCCAAAAGCAAAUUUACCACCAUAGAUGAUGUGUUAAAAGGAUUGGUAGAUUGGCUUUGCACACAGCUAAGGAGUCCAUCUCAUCCCAAUCUUGGCGUCCCUAUCGCUGUAAAUUGCCUUGCUACAUUACUGAAAGAACCUUUGGUCAGAUCAUCGUUUGUUCAAGCAGAUGGAGUCAAGUUGCUAAUUCCCUUAAUUAAUCCAGUAUCCAAUCAAACUACUCCAAUAGCAUCUGCACAAACCAAUCAGCAGCAAUCUAUGCAGCUCCUUUAUGAGACAUGUCUCUGUAUCUGGCUAUUGUCAUACUUUGAACCUGCAGUUGAAUACUUGGCUACUUCUAGAUGCGUGCCUCGACUGACAGAGGUUAUUAAGAGUUCUACAAAGGAAAAGGUUGUUAGGGUUAUUGUUAUGACUUUCAAGAAUCUGCUUCCAAAAGGGACGUUUGGCGCACAGAUGGUGGACCUCGGAAUAUCGCUGAUUGUCCAAAACUUAAAAGCGCAGGCCUGGGGUGAUGAGGACCUUGUGGAGGCUUUGAAUCAACUAGAUGAAGGGCUGAAGGAUAAUGUAAAAAAAUUGAGUUCAUUUGACAAAUAUAAACAAGAAGUACUUCUCGGCCAUCUUGACUGGACCCCAGCUCACAAAGACGCUUUCUUUUGGCGGGAGAAUAUCAACGUUUUUGAGGAAAAUGAUUUCCAGAUCUUGAGAGUUCUUAUCACAAUUUUGGAUACUUCGAACGACCCAAGAUCCCUGGCUGUUGCUUGCUUUGAUCUCUCACAAUUUAUCCAACAUCAUCCAUCCGGAAGAAUUAUAGUGAACGAUCUUAAGGCUAAGGAGCGGGUUAUGAAAUUAAUGAAUCAUGAAAACGCUGAGGUUACCAAAAAUGCUCUACUAUGCAUCCAGAGGCUCUUCUUAGGAGCCAAGUAUGCGAGUUUUUUGCAAGCUUGAUUUGUAUAUUCAUUGAAAAAACGAUGCAAACAUCCCCGGAUUCACUCUAUUAUUUGAUAUUUAUGAGAUGUAUUAAUGAUUGAUUGUUGUUCGAUAUCCAAAUAACAACAUGCAUGUCAAGCUCGUCGAGGCUCGUGAUAUGGCAUGGACAAACAAACGAGAUCACCCAGAUGAUUGUUUUCUUCUCCGGCAACAUUUCCCCUUUUCUGGUAAUAUUUUGCUUAUUUAACCUUUCUCUAGGCUGUAAGCCUCUGUAUGUAUUGUUUCAUAUUUCUAAGCCUGAACAAAUAAAUAAACCUUAGUCUUUAGUGCGCACAUUAUGUUUUUGUGUAGUCGAGUUUCUUUGUACUUUGAUCAACUUUUUAUUUCUGUAAAAUUUAUUCUUAUUCAA